GUUGAGACUGGAACCGAAGUUGUCGAACAGAGGAUUGAUAAGGUUGAACAGGUUGAGAAGAAGAUUGAUAUCUCCGAAUCUUCAAUAUUCAUUAAUAUCGUAGAUAACUUGCUUUUGGGCUCGUUUUUUAG